CGAGCAGGAAGACAACCAAUGGCAGCAGGGCCGUUUCGGCGGGGAGGAACAGUGAGGAGGGAGAUGGCGCCCAGCUCGAAAUCUGAAAAGGACCACAGCAAGGAGACAACCCCUAGGAAACACAAAGACCAUGUCGUAAAGCUUCUAAUGCGUGGAAAGCUGUCAGGACAGUUUUCCCAGCGCUUGUUCAGGAAGCUGCCUCCCCGGGUUUGUGUCCCACUCAAGAACAUCGUCAGCGAGGACUUCCUGCGAGCGGGGCACAUCUUCCUGGGCUUCACCAAAUGUGGCCGCUACGUUCUGUCCUACACCAGUGACUGUGGAGAGGACGACGACUUCUGCUUCUACACCUACCAUCUGUACUGGUGGGAGUUCAACCUGCACAGCAGACUCAAACAGGUCCAUCAUGUGCGGCUUUUUGCAGGAGAGGAAAUCUACAGUGACCUGUACCUCACUGUGUGCGAGUGGCCUAACGACCACUCCAAAAUCGUCAUCUUUGGCUUCAACACUCGCAGCUCCAGCUCUGUGCUGAUGAAUCUGAUGAUGAGUGACGAGAACAACAGGGACAUCUACAUCACCAUUGCCUCCAUGCCUCCUCCGAGACCCUGUUCUCAGUGCAGUGCGAUCCCGCCAGCCACCACCGUGCGCUCAGGGAGCAGUGAAUGCCUGGAGCACGGAUACGUGCUCAACAGCAGAUACCAGGUGGUCUACCCCUUCCCCACCUUUCAGCCGGCCUUCCAGCUAAAGAAGGACCAGGUCAUCCUGCUGAACACCAGCUAUUCUCUGGUGGCCUGUGGCAUCUCCCUCUGUUCAGGGCAGCAGUCGUCUCAGAUCCUCUACACUAAGGGGGCGGCUCCGUCAGCAUCUUCCUCCUCACCGCCGUCUUCUCUACCUCAGGGGGUUCCUGAAAGUCGGCCGUCCCACUGUAGGCCUGCUGCGGUUCCCUGCUCCCCCAGCCAUUCUCAAGCAGCCAUGCGUGCCCGCGAGUUUGCUGCUGACCUUUUUAGGCGAGCCCAGGGAGGGGGGCAGGGGGACAGAAGGACCACUGGAUGCAGCGAGAAAGAACCCAACCAUCCAUCAGAAGAUAAAGGGAAUAACGCUGAGACUUUCCAAGAAGCAGAUGACUGUAAAGGACGGCUGACCAGCUCACCACCAGCAUCAAGCCUGUGUGGGGGGGUCACUCAUCCACUGAGCAUUGAACCUGUUCUGCCACCUGCCCCAUCUUCAUCACUGCAUCCAUCAACCUCAGCUGCAUCCUCCUCCCAGGAUUCCACCUCCACUGAACCUGGAUAUGUGAACUACUCUCGCCUGCAUUACCGCCUGCAGCAGCCGGGGGCAGCAGAGCAGCCCUCAGGAGGAUAUGAAGAUGACAAAGUGCAGCUGGCAUUCACGGUCACGGACCUGAAAGGACGGAACCUACAGCUGGUUACUGGACCUCAUGAUGGACAGAGUGUUUGUGUUGAACAGCUGACCCUGGAUUUUGAGUAUCUCAUCAAUGAGGUGAUCAGGAAUGACGCCAGUUGGGCUCCACAGUUUUGCUCCUUCAGCGACUAUGAUGUUGUGAUUCUGGAGGUCUGUCCAGAAACCAACACGGUGAUGAUCAACAUCGGUCUGCUGCUGCUGGCGUUUUCCACCUCUGACCAGGAGCACUGCAGGCCAAACACCUACCACUCCAACCUGCAGGUCUGCUGGGACCUCAACACAGGAGCGUGCUGCACCGUGGGGGUGGGGGACCUGACGGAGGUCAGGGGUCAGACCAGUGGGAGCGUGUGGAGCUCCUACAGGAAGUCCUGCGUCAACACGGUGAUGAAGUGGCUGCUUCCAGAGAGCAGCUCCCGCUACAUCAACCGCAUGACCAACGAGGCGCUGCACAAAGGUUCAUCUUUGCAGGUGUUGGCUGACAGCGACCGCUGCACCUGGAUUGUGUUAUGAAGAAAGACGCGGAGCUCCAGAGUUAACGUAACACGCGAGCGCAACCUGAUCGCCGCGGGUUCCGGAGCUGCACGAUUUCAGAAGACCCGAACGAAAAAUGUGUCAGCAGAACCUUCUAUCUGUUUUCUGUGAAAGCCGGAGCUGAACAAACAUCUUUCUCAUGGAAAACUCUAACAGCUGCUUUAGGACCCGGCUCUCCGGGUCAGAAGCACCCCAGGGGCCGGGCUGAGUCUGCCGUAUUUAUAGGUGAAGGGACUCUACUUGUUCUUCAGUGGAGUAGAGACAAAGACCUUCACCCUCUUUGUUUACUCCUGUAGAAGUUACCAUUCUGCAGAUAUUUUUGCUAAAAUAAAACUCUUGAAAGGUU